AUGGCGGCCCCCUACCCCAGCAGUGGCAGCGGAGGCGAGGUCAAGUGCGGGGGAGGUCGCGGCCGCAGCGUCCCGUGGGACUUUCUGCCUGGGCUGGUGGUCAAGGCCCCGCCGGGACCCUGCCUGCAGGCGCAGCGCAAGGAAAAGUCCCGGAACGCGGCGCGCUCGCGGCGCGGAAAGGAGAACCUGGAGUUCUUCGAGCUGGCCAAGCUGCUCCCGCUGCCCGGAGCCAUCUCGAGCCAGCUGGACAAGGCGUCCAUCGUGCGCCUCAGCGUCACCUACCUCCGCCUGCGCCGCUUCGCUGCCCUCGGGGCGCCACCCUGGGGAUUGCGGGCGGCGGGGCCCCCGGCCGGCCUCGCCCCAGGCCACAGGGGCCGCGUGGCGCUGGUCUCCGAAGUCUUCGAACAGCACCUGGGAGGACACAUCUUGCAGUCCCUGGAUGGCUUCGUGUUUGCCUUGAACCAGGAAGGGAAGUUCCUCUACAUCUCCGAGACCGUCUCCAUUUAUCUAGGUCUCUCACAGGUGGAGCUGACGGGUAGCAGCGUCUUCGACUACAUCCAUCCCGGCGACCACUCCGAGGUGCUGGAGCAACUGGGGCUCCGGGCUCCGACCCCGGGGCCUCCCACCCCGCCCUCCGUUCCCUCCUCUUCCUCCUCUUCGUCUUCCUCCUCGCUUGCGGACACCCCUGAGAUCGAGGCCAGCGCGGCCGAGGUGCCUCCCUUCUCCCGGGUCCAGGAGCGCUCCUUCUUCAUCCGCAUGAAGUCUACCCUCACCAAGCGGGGGCUGCACGUCAAGGCCUCGGGGUACAAGGUCAUCCACGUCACGGGGCGCCUUCGGGCCCGCUCCCUGGGCCUCGUGGCUCUGGGUCACACGUUGCCCCCUGCCCCACUGGCUGAGCUGCCACUACACGGACAUAUGAUCGUCUUCCGUCUCAGCCUGGGUCUCACCAUCCUUGCUUGUGAGAGCAGAGUCAGCGACCACAUGGACCUGGGGCCGUCAGAGCUCGUGGGUCGCAGCUGCUACCAGUUUGUCCAUGGACAGGACGCAGCCAGGAUCCGCCAGAGCCACCUGGACCUGCUGGACAAGGGGCAGGUGAUGACCGGUUAUUACCGUUGGCUGCAGCGGGCUGGGGGCUUCGUGUGGCUGCAGUCCGUGGCCACCGUGGCCGUGAGCGGCAAGAGCCCCGGGGAGCGCCACGUGCUCUGGGUCAGCUACGUGCUCAGCCAAGCUGAGGGCGGCCAGACCCCUCUGGAUGCCUUCCAGCUUCCAGCCAGCGUGGCCUGUGAGGACACCUCCAGCCCCGAGCCAGAGCCCACAGAGCCAGAGCCUCCAGGGGAAGGGAAGCAGGCUGCCCCCCUAGACAAGGACGAGGUCCCCCGGAGCCGGGGCAAACGCAUCAAAGUGGAGCCUGGCCCAGGGCAGGCUAAAGACCCGGAGGACAGUGGGGACGAGGAGUCGUCUGGCCACCCGGCCCUGCCACGGCCCGAGUUUACUUCUGUCAUCCGGGCAGGGGCCCUGAAGCAGGACCUGGUGCGGCCUUGGGGCCUGGGGCCUCCCGGGGACCCCCCACCUUCCCUCCUCCACGCGGGCUUCCUGCCCCCCGUCGUGCGGGGCCUCUGCACACCGGGCACCAUCCGCUACGGGCCCGCGGAGCUGGGCCUUGUGUACCCGCACCUGCAGAGGCUGGCCCCAGGCCCCACCCUCCCCGAGGCCUUCUACCCCACCCUGGGCCUGUCCUACCCGGGGACCACCGGGACCCGGGUGCAACGGAAGGGGGACUGAGGACUGGAGGGCUGCCGACAGAGCCGGACCCUGAGGGACAGGUGGGGCCCGGAGGGCACCGCCAGAAGGCUGAGCUCAGCCCAGUUGGUGGGCCUGGAAAAUUAAACACCUUCUCCCACUCUGUGGCUCUGUCUCCGGGGCCUCGGGGCUCCUCUCUCCUUUCCUUUUUCCUCUUCGGUUCCCUCCACCUGCCUCGGCUGGUUCCCAUGCCCGCCCCUCCCCACCUCCCGCCCCAUCCUAGGAACCACCACGCAGAACAUGGAGCCGGCGAAGGGUCAGGUUUUA